GGAGGACUAGGGGACCGGCUGCCUUGCCUAACUUCUGAGUCUCAUGUUUUGGCAUCUUCCAGACAAGCGUGGGUUUAGGGCUCACCGGGCAGCUUGGUGUGUGUGUGUGUGUGUGUGUGCAGCGGUACCCGGCAGUCUAGUAAACCCAGGCCGGGUGGAAGGCCGCAGUGCCCGCUCGGGCCCCAGAGCGGGUUUCACUUCUGCAGAGACCUCACCCGAGUCCCGGGCGCUGUAAAUCUGCCUUCCCUCGCCAGGAGCGCGGGGAUGAGCCCCGGCUCUCACGCUAGGCCCCUGGCCACAGCUGGACCGCCGCCCCCGGGGUCCAUCAAUCAAGCUCUCCCGCCCCAGCCGGAGCGCCGCCCGCCCGGGGGGCCUGCUUUGUGUCUGCCUGCCGCGGGCCUGGGUGGGGCGCCCCGGGGUUCUCAAGGGUCUGGGACGCCCCCUCAGCUUUUUCCACCUCGGGACAUGGUGAUUGGGACCGGGAUCUCUUAUCUACAGAAUCUUCCCUCAGUGUCCUGCGCCUCACUCCACCCCCUCCCGGCUCCAGGCUCACGGGACAUCAGAAGACUGCAGAAAGCAACUCCAUCCCUCAAGACGCAGCACCUGAACCUCGGGGAACUGAGCUCGGACCCCGCCCUAGUCCUCCUAGAGUGGCCACCAGGGGGCGAUGCAGACCAAGAAUAAAACAACAAGGAGCCGCAUGUCUUUCAAAAAAAAAAAAACGUUGUCAGGCUGGGCCUUGAACACUUUUCUUAGAUCCACGUGUUUCAUAAAUGGCACAGUGAUUUCUUUUGCCGUUUCCACUUGAUCCUCGGCGCUCCUACUGAUGGCUGUAGCCUGGGUGCGUGGGGGAAGGAGGGUCACAAGCAUAAGAAAGAGCAGCAGAUGUCCAAGUGGAAAACCAAAGGAAAUGUGCAAAAUGCUAAUCUGAAGCACCAAACUUUGAUUCUUAGAUUAGGCGGUUUAGCUCGAAGGCCACACAACUUCGUAUGGCUCCGAGCUGGAACCAUCAGAAUACAAAACUGAGGCGUUGAACCUACGGAAAGCGCACUCCUGCUUUUGGGUUCUUCUGGUAUGAUGCAGGCACAGGUAGACAGGAGAAAGAAAGAAGCAGAGUGAGGUGAGGCCCCCCAAAGGUCGCCCCUAAAGCCCCCCCCCCCCCGCUUCUCUGUCGGUGAGCAGCAGCCAUGGUCUAGGCGGGGGUUGUCUGCAUGGGGAGAAUGGAGAAGGCCCCCGCCCGUCCCUGCCCUUUCCGUGGGGUACUGUUAGAUCAUGUUUGUAUUUGUGGCUCGUAUGCUGUACAGUGAGGCUUAGCUGGGGCCCAGAGGACACUGGGCCUUGUUGGCUGUGGCCAACCGAAAGAUCUUCAGGAGAAAACGUGUAAGGCUGAAGUAUCUAUUCCCACAUGUGCAAAGGCUCUUGGAUUGUGUUUGCUUUCAAGACCCAUAAAUGUUUUUAUUAAACUAUCUCUUUCUUGUGGCCCAGGCA